UCUUUUCUUCCACAACCACAAACUGACAAAAGGAAGCAUCUUUAUCAAUUGAUUUGAGUUCACGCGAGGUCUACGUUGGGAGUAGAGUUGAGCGACUUAGUAGCGACGACAACGCGGGAGCGGGCAUGACGGUCGCGGCGGGGAUCGGAUACGCGCUGGUGGCUCUGGGACCUUCUCUAUCACUCUUCGUCUCCGUCAUCUCCAGAAAGCCCUUUCUCAUCCUCACUGUUCUCUCCAGUACGUUGCUGUGGCUUGUGAGUCUGAUCAUCUUGUCAGGAUUAUGGAGACCAUUUCUUCCUCUCAAAGCCAAUGUGUGGUGGCCUUAUGCUUUACUUGUUGUCACCUCUGUUUGUUUCCAGGAAGGUCUUCGUUUUCUUUUCUGGAAGGUUUACAAGAGGCUUGAGGAUGUUUUGGAUUCCUUUGCGGAUCGGAUCUCAAGGCCCCGUCUGUUUCUCACUGAUAAGCUGCAGAUUGCUCUUGCUGGUGGCUUAGGUCAUGGUGUGGCACAUGCUGUCUUCUUUUGUUUGAGCCUCUUAACUCCAGCGUUUGGUCCAGCAACAUUCUAUGUCGAAAGAUGUUCGAAGGUGCCAUUUUUUCUCAUCUCUGCAAUCAUUGCUCUUGCCUUUGUUACUAUCCACACAUUCUCGAUGGUCAUUGCUUUCGAAGGGUAUGCAAAAGGGAACAGAGUAGAUCAAGUAAUAGUGCCAGUCAUACACCUUGCUGCUGGAAUGUUGACAUUGGUGAAUUUUGCAUCGGAAGGUUGUGUAAUCGGUGUUCCUCUUCUUUACCUUGUCGCAUCCUUGACUCUUGUGCAUUGUGGAAAAAUGGUUUGGCAAAGGUUGUUGGAAACCCGGAACCAAAGCAGCGCCUCACGGUAAUCUGGCCUCAGUCUCAUGUCUCAUCUAAAAUAACAGUAGAACGGUCGUUAGCAUCAUUGUAUCUCUUGCAAACCUCAUUCGUCUUUAUCCCCUAAUUGCUUUGAAACUUGAACGUUAUGUUUUUUCACGCACUUAUGAUCCUAAACUAUAUUUUAAGAAAGCCGAGAAAGUUUUAUA